CCGGCCUUCCUCCGCCUUGCUUUCGGCGUGUGCUUUGCCUUCUUCCUCCUCUUGGAAGCCAUGAGAUAUCAGUGCAUUCCUCCACUCCACGCCCCCCUGGAGGCCUUCCUUCGCCCCUUCACUGACGCCCGUGAUGCCGGCCCACUCAUUCUCAGCCACUUCUCUCUGCUGCUCGCCUGCAUGCUGCCUCUCUCCCUCACCCCGCCCGCCUUCCUCUCCUCCUCGCACUCUCCAAUCCAAGCCUGCCACGUGGCACCCUUUGCGGGGCUGCUGAGUGUCGGCAUCGGGGAUACCAUGGCGUCGGUGGUGGGGGUGCGAUGGGGGCAGCACCGCGUGGCAUCGGACUCGCCCAAGUCGUGCCAGGGCACCGCCGCCGCUGCUGCCGCCAUGCUCGCCGCCUCGCUGCUGCUGCUCGCCCUGCUGCCGCCUCCCCUUGCACCCGCCCAUGAUGCCUCUGCUGCUGCGCUUCACAAACCGCUCUUCUCCAAGCUACUGCAGGCGCCCAUAGCAGCGAGCGUGGUGGCGUGUGUGUUGUCGGCGCUGCUGGAGGCGUUCACCCACCAGCUCGACAACGCCUUCAUCCCCCUCCUGCACUUCGCCCUCUGCUGCCUCUAG